UUGGUGUCGCCCGUGGUAUGGCACUUGUUUUGACAUUUCAGACGUCAUGUCAACGUGCUAUAUAAACGCAAUCUACAUUAAAAUUUGCUCAGUAUUUCACUGAAUUUGGUGUUGUGUUUGUUGUUAUCUAACCAAGCUACGUGGCUCAAAUAUGUGCGGGAUUUUUGCGUAUUUAAAUUUCUUGACCCCCAAAAAGAGGGAAGAGAUCUUGAAGACUUUGGUAAACGGAUUGAAGCGGUUGGAAUACAGAGGAUAUGACUCUGCUGGUGUGGCGAUCGAUUCGGCCUGUUCGAAGGACAUGGCCCUUAUUAAGAAAACUGGAAAAGUUGCUUUGUUGGAAGAAGAAAUCAAGAAUAGGUCUAAGGAACUGGACAUGGACCGUAUCGAAGAUAUUCACUGUGGCAUUGCCCACACCCGUUGGGCGACCCAUGGUGUUCCCAGCGAAAUAAACUCGCAUCCUCACCGUUCGGACACUUUGCACAGUUUUGUCGUGGUCCACAAUGGGAUCAUUACCAACUACAAGGAAGUUAAAGUUUUUCUUGAAAAUAAGGGAUAUAAGUUCGAGAGCGAUACAGAUACUGAGAUUAUCGCCAAACUUAUCCAUCAUUUCUACGAUCAACACCCGAAUUAUUCGUUUAGGGAGCUUGUUGAAAAUGUCGUCCAGCAAUUGGAAGGUGCUUUCGCUUUGUGUUUCAAGUCGAAACACUUCCCAGGGGAGUGUGUGGCGACCCGUCGUGGUUCGCCACUUUUGGUUGGUAUUAAAACAAAAACUAGAUUGGCCACUGAUCAUGUACCUAUUCUCUAUGGAAAGGAUGAUGAACCCCAAACACCCACAGAUGCUGAAAACAAUCAUUCAGAACACCGACCACAUGGGCGAGCUGAUUACCCAGUUUUGCCCAGAUCUGAGUCCACGUCCGAAUUUGAACCAUUGGAAGACAAACAAGUUGAAUAUUUCUUUGCUUCGGACGCUUCGGCGAUCAUUGAACACACAAACCGAGUUAUUUACUUUGAAGACGAUGACGUGGCGGCUGUUAAACACGGAGCUUUGAGUAUUCACCGUUUGAGACGUCUUGGUGACGAUCCACACUCUCGUGAAAUCACAACUCUUAAAAUGGAAUUGCAACAAAUCAUGAAAGGAAAUUACGAUUAUUUCAUGCAGAAGGAAAUUUUCGAACAGCCAGAGUCUGUUAUUAAUACCAUGAGGGGACGUCUUAAUUUCGAGACCAAAACUGUAACAUUGGGAGGCAUCAAAGAUUAUAUCCCAGAAAUCAAACGUUGCAGAAGAUUGAUGUUGAUUGGUUGUGGUACAAGUUACCACAGUGCUAUUGCCACUCGUCAGUUACUCGAAGAAUUAACCGAAUUACCGGUUAUGGUAGAACUGGCUAGUGACUUUUUAGAUAGAACGACACCCGUAUUUAGGGACGAUGUGUGUUUCUUUAUUUCUCAGUCUGGUGAAACCGCUGACACUCUAAUGGCCCUCCGAUACUGCAAACAACGAGGCGCUCUCAUCGUCGGUAUUACAAACACUGUCGGAAGCUCAAUUUGUAGAGAAUCCCACUGCGGAGUUCACAUCAACGCCGGACCUGAAAUUGGUGUAGCAUCAACCAAAGCUUACACAAGUCAAUUUAUAUCACUUGUGAUGUUUGCUUUGGUCAUGAGCGAAGAUCGACUAUCUCUAGCCAAACGUCGACUAGAAAUUAUCGAAGCUCUCAAAAACUUGCAGCAACAAAUCCGCGCCGUUUUGCAACUCGACGAAAAAGUCAAAACACUCGCUCAAGAUCUCUACAACAAAAAGUCGCUACUUAUUAUGGGGAGAGGGUUCAAUUAUGCCACGUGUCUUGAAGGUGCCUUGAAAGUGAAAGAAUUGACUUAUAUGCACAGUGAAGGCAUAAUGGCCGGAGAGUUGAAACACGGACCUCUUGCCUUGAUUGAUGAAGAUAUGCCGGUUAUGAUGAUUAUAAUGCGUGAUCCCGUGUACACCAAGUGCAUGAAUGCACUACAACAGGUUACAGCCCGCCAAGGGCGACCAAUUGUCAUUUGUGAGGAAAAUGAUGAAGAGACCAAAGGCUACGGCCACCGAUGCUUGGAAAUUCCCAGAACAGUUGACUGUCUUCAAGGCAUUUUGACGGUCAUUCCGAUGCAACUGCUCAGUUUCCACAUUGCUGUUCUGAGAGGAUGCAAUGUGGACUGUCCAAGAAACUUAGCGAAGAGUGUGACUGUGGAAUAAAUUUUAUGGUUGUGAUUUUUUUUUCUUGAGGCUGUUGGAUGAAUGUAUUAUUUACAUGUUGUGUAAAAACAUGCAUUUAUUAUGUUAGGUUGGUAGAAGGUCUAAAAAUAAUAGCGCACGGAAGUUAUAUCUGAUAUUUUUGUACUUGAAACUUUCGCAAUUAUAUCAGAUAACUUCCAUAAGUUUUAAAAUAUUUGUAAGAUAUAUAGUCUCUUAUGUCUUUUCUAGUGUAGGUGCCAUUAUCCAUUACGAGAUUUAUGUUCAUCUACAAAGUUUUAUAUUCUCAUUCCAGUUUUUGAAACGUGUGCAAUUUUAAAUGUGUUUUGCUACAUACCUGUAUUGUAUAAAUAUUUCUAUUUAAAAUUUUAUCAUAUAUUUUUUGUUCCUGUUUUAAAUAUUUUCAAUAUAAAAGACAAUUAUUAUAAUUAACAAAAUAAACUUUUAUAAUCUGG